AUGACAUUCCGGUGCUCAUUUUCGUCGGAAUACCUGAUGUGGCGCCCAGUCAGAUCAGAAUUCCAUUCUCAGCGUGAUGUGGCACCAGGAGUUUUCACUAUCACUGCUAUAGCGAGAAGGUGUCAAUGUCGGUACACCGUCCAAGAAAUUGUGAAGAACCUUACCCAGAGUGGUAAUGUUACUCACGGGCUAAGGAACACUUCGUCAGCCACUAUUGAGGUUAGAAAUGCAGAGUCUUACACUGAUGUGAUGCAGAAUGCUGGAAUCGCCAUCGAUAUUGAGGAAAGGAAGAAGAAAAUCUUGGAGAAGUAUAAUUCUGUUGUAAAUGGUAUUAAUGGUUCUGCUGUAAUUCAUAGUGGUUUACUUGAUGAGGUCAUGCAAAAGCAUCAGAAGUAUUUUGCAGUAACUGACCAGGAUGGAAUGUUAUUGCCACAUUUUAUUGCUGUUGCAAAUGGAGCAAUUAGUGAGAAGGUUGUGAGGAAAGGAAAUGAAGCUGUACUCAGAGCUCGAUAUGAAGAUGCAAAGUUCUUCUAUGAGUUGGACACAAGCAAGCGAUUCUCUGAAUUUCGAAAUCAAUUGAAGGGGAUCCUAUUCCAUGAAAAGCUGGGAACAAUGCUGGACAAGAUGACACGUGUCCAGAGUCUGGUUACUAAAGUAGGAUCGAAACUGGGAAUGACUGAAGACAUCCUCAAGGUCAUUGAGGAGGCUGCACCAUUAGCCAUGUCAGAUCUUUCAUCUGCAGUUGUUACCGAAUUUACUUCCCUUGCUGGGGUAAUGGGCCGUCACUAUGCCCUAAGAGAUGGCUACUCUGAGCUGGAGACAUGCUUCCAAAAAACUGAUGCUGGAACAGUAUUGGCAAUAUCUGACAGGUUGGAAAGCCUUGUCGGGUUGUUUUUUGCUGGUUGUCAGCCAAGCUCCGCAAAUGAUCCGUUCGGCAUGCGAAGAAUCUCAUAUGGUCUGGUGCAAUUGUUAGUAGACACCAAUAGGAAUUUGGAGCUGAGGUAUGCUUUGGAGCUUGCUGCUGCUGUUCAGCCCAUAAAAGUAGAAUCAGAAACAAUAGAUGAUAACUUUUGCCUCUUCCCAUGUGGGAUCGUUAUUGACCGUGCCAUGUGUAUAUGUGCGUGA